CGAACAGAUGCGAACAGAUGCGAACAGAUGCGAACAGAUGCGAACAGAUGCGAAUCGGUCCAGAGCCCGCGCAGGCGCAGGCCAUCCCAAGACCCGCAGUGCAGCCGACGCGUCGAUCUGCCUUGCUUCGUUGCUCAUCUCGCUCUCCGGAUCUGCAAUCGCUCGCAGGAGCCGCAAUCAACCCAAACCCGCAGCUGACCCGGCUGAGCCAUGGCAACCACAAAAACAGGCUUGAUCAACCGGCUGGCUGCUCAGUUCGCCGUGAGCCGCUAUCCCAGAGACUCGCCGCCGAUCGUUGUCCACUCCUUCCAGCCCGAUCCAACCCUCUCCCGCGCAGCCGCUCUGCCGCCGUAUCUCCAGCGAUCGCAGGACGAGUAUGAGCGCAUCCGGUAUGCCCUAACCUUCAAGGGCACCGAGUUCUACGAAUGCCACCACACGCUCAAGAACAACAGGCUCGAAGGCCUUCCCGACCCCCUCGUCGAUGUCACCGGCGGAUAUUUGCUGCUGAAGCCGCACGAGCCUCUCCUGCAGAACGGAUCCGACUUUAUCGUCGGCUUUUCAGCGAUCCUGCGCUUUCUGGAGAUCAAGUUUCCAGAGCCGUCCUACUUCUACGACCCCAGCGGCGACGCCCUGAUGGAGACACACCCCCCGGACGAGUUCAUCCACUGGGCCGACAAUGUAUUUUAUCCGGCGACCUCGCCCCUUCUCGAGUUGCCAAAGCAUUCGUCGGCGGCCAGCCAGCUCUCGUCAUCGACAAGCAAAGUCCCGCCAGAUAGCUAUCCGCUCUACUCGGUCCUGUCGUGGGUCGAGUCUUGCUUCAAGACCAGUCGGAACCCCUGGUUCGUCAAGGAUACUGUUGCUCCGACCCUGGCCGAUAUAGUGCUCUAUGGGCCCAUCCACCGAUCCAAGCGACUCUUCCCGCGGUGGUUCCAGACGGCCUCGAGCACACAGGGCUCACGACUGUUCCUGGACGCCAGCGACCGACAAGAGAACGAGGCCCCAUUCAAGAUAACCGAGCAGUGGUUCGACCAGAUGAACGGCUUUUGCGGCGACCAGUCCCGCAGCGCCUUUGUCCUGCCGCCAGAGAUGUGUCUCUCCCUUUCGAGGCGCCAUCCGAUCCUCAGCGGCUUCUCAGACAUGAACCACCGCAAUCUCGGCGCUGCCUUCACAGAGUACUCGGCCCGCGUGCCAGCCGCCCGAGUCCCAAAAGACGGCGCCGACUGGGCUAUCGUUCGUUCUCGUCCCGGAGACGAUGGCUGGAGCAACUGUGGUCGAGCUCUCGCCGCCCGGCUCUUGCUCGAUCUCCCUGCAGCGAAUCUGCCUCCCUCCCUGUCGCUCCAAAUCGUUGGUCGGCUGAAGCACUGGUCUGAUCGCCAUAUCACGCUGGAACGAUAUGUGCGGCUCAAUGCCCGGGAGCCGCCCACUGCGGUUUCACUGACACUGGAUUCGGAGCAUUUGGAUGUGCAAAUUUGCUCCGAGGACGAGGCAAAAUCGGUCACAGAGACCCAAAUCCAGUUCCGUCGCGACUACUCAUCGCUCCUCAAGGAUGUAGUGCCGGCACGACCCCCACCACGGAAGUUUGUCUAUGUAGACUGAGGUGCCUUGAAGAAUCAGCACCUGAAAACAGCGCUCGGCAGGUGCAGGCAAUGGUCAUCCGAGCGGAAGCGAGACUGCCUGGCUGCUAAUAUAUACCGCCAUAUCGAUUCAUCGCCACCAUCGCCGC